AUGGACUCACAAUCGCCAAAGAAGUUUCAGCUAUUCCCUUAUCUCCCAUUCGAGUUGAGGGAGAUGAUCUGGAAGGCUGCCAUCCGACCACAAGAACGCGGUGCGCAGUUCUUUACCUUCAGUAACUCUUCCGACUGUGUUCUCGCCAGCCUUGCGGUGCUUGCUAGUGACACCCUCACGGCAAAGACCCCGAAUCUCACCAUCUCGCUUGACGACGAUAAUGUGUCGUCAUACAUGAUUGAUAGCGGCCUCUGGAACGCCUGCAGCGAAUCCCGCAUGAUUCUGCAGAAGGAGGUUGCGAAAAGGCGGUGGUUUGGCCAAGACUCAAGGACCGGACAUUUCACAAGCGGCAGCGGGUUGGACCGGUACUUGACCUAUUCCCCCAGAGAUGAUCUGAUAUGCUUCCAGCAUCAGGACUUGAAGAAACUUCUCGAGUGGGAAUGGAACGAAGUGUAUAGUGUACCUCCCUUUCUACGAGAGUACCACGCAAAUGUCGCCCUCGAGUACGAUCAGAGAUGGCAAUAUUUCUUUCCUGAGGGGCUCCCGGUGGUGCCGUAUAGAAACCGGAAGACCAUGCAGGGAAUCCUCUUUCGAGCCUGUCAUAAGGUUGCUGCUGGCAAACUGUGGCUGAUUGACUACCGAGUUCAGCCCAAAGCCAAUAUCCCCAAAGAGAAGCAGAGCGUACCUGAUCUCACUUUCCACGCUAAUGGAAAGAGAUUUGUCUCGGUUGAUGACGAGACGAUGUGGGAUUUCCAGGGUUCGACAUGCCAGGCAUUCGCCCGACGGCUUGACGCUGCGAUACAAUUUUAUGCAUCAUUCACAGCCUUUGGUAUUCCUGACCUCCUAUGGAGAGCUCCUGGAAGAGUUGGAAUCCUCGCUUGCAUCGAGUAG